AAGGCAUUGACCGACAGAGGAGAGUUUAGUUUUUUCGGGUACAAGUUUCGGAUUUUGUGUUAUUUGUUCUUGAAUUCCUUGAAAAUUAUGCCUUGACAGCGAACCAUAUCAACUAUUCCCUACUCUUCAUGCAUUGGAGCCCUAGUAGGAAUAAUGAGCAUUAAGUUCGAUGCAGAUCGAAAGCGUAAACGGCUCAAACAAACCAGCAUCGAGGAGAGUUUCAAACGACAUCGGACCAUGAUGUCAAAGAUGCCCCUUCACCUCCCAGGUAGAUCUUAACUCUGAUCGAUGUAAAUCCAGAUAAUUUUUCUCAGGAUCUCUACUCUAAGAUUUGCUUUUGUUGAUCUGAAUAAUCCUUUUCUUUUCGUUACAAACAUCAUAAUUGCAAUCAGAUGUUUUCGAGAGUAUUUGGAUUUUUUUUCUUUUUUGUAGUGUACUUAACUGUUUUCAAAACGAACCUAAACGUGUCCUGAAGGUAUUGAAUGCAACAAUGAAUGAUUAAUGACUUACAAUCAAUGUUCACUCUCUUCUUUCCGUGCUUCUGAUGGCGACAUGAAGUAUAGUGAUUUUAAAACAAAGUCUGGUUGGUACGUACAGAAAUGAACAGAAAUCGUCAAAUUGAAUUCUUGUACAGGAAUCCAUUUGUUGGAAGGCAAAAUGAACUCAAUGAAGAUCAGUGGAAUAAAUGAUCAAACAAAUAUCUUGUUCGUGACAGCUAUUAUCAGUCUUUUAAUUAAGUUAAAAUUGUAUCUUUUUGAGCUUUCACGGCCAUCAAAUGGCCUUCGUGUAAGCUUACGUUUUAGGAGGCUUUCAUUCGUGUCAGUCAGUGUUAUCUUGGCGAGGGUCUCCUCGCAAAUUUGUCAGGGAAACUGUAUUUAAUUUACUAGUUUUUAGACUCUUUCACGAGUUUUUUCACUAUUUGUGUUAUUUAUAUUCUUUGGCACCCAAAUUGCGCCUUAUGUGCUGUUCACAUGACUAACCUUACAUUUCAUCACUUUUCUGCCCUUGAAAGAUGAGAAAGAAGAGCUUCCAAUGCAAAACUUCCAACACAGUUCAUCUCCAUUGGAGAUGGUUAGUGAUCAGGAAGAAGAUCUUAGAAAGAAAAGGGCUCUUUUGGCUGAUGCUGCAGAAAAAAGGAGGUAUGUCUGUUAAAUGCCUUAACCCUUCACAUCCUAACAUCAGUAUCCAUAUUCUCCAUAAUCUUUUCUUUACAUUUCCUCUGGUACUGACAAAGAGAAUUCCUUGAUUCGUUAUUUUCUUAACCCAUUUGAUCUUAAUGAAUGAUUCAGCAGUAUAUCUGUAAGGAGAAAUUAGGUGCUGGUCACUCUAUAAGUUCUUCUUUUUGUCUAGUUUUCAUCUCUGUGUAAUUUAGUUCUGAGAUUUUGGUUUUUCUUAAGCAGAUGUGUUCAAUUACUAUAUAUUUCCUUGAAUAAUUGCCCCCCCCCCCCAGCUGAAAGGGGAGGUGCUUGUUGGAAGUAGGGCACUCAAUCAAGUAUUAAGUUAGCACAGCUUUAAAGAUAACAAAUAUCAAGGAAAAGAAAAAGCACACCAAGGAACUCUGCAAGCACAUGGAGAUAGAAAUAACUGGAACAAACAAGAAGCUAUUCUCCUGUACUGACUUCACCUUAGUUGAAGCUUAAAAAGUUGUGAAUUAAGUGACAAUAAGAACAGGUUUUCCUUAUAACCCUACUAUUUAAGAAAAUGCAGAAGGAGGGUGCUUGUUCAAAUUUUUGGCUUAGGGGGUGGGCAGAUAUUUGGUGGGGGGGGUGCUCAUUAGAGCUUGAGCACUUAUUUGAGGAGAUAUGGUAAACCAGAGCAGAGCAAUUAAGAGAAAUGGGCUCAAGGCAGGAGACACAUAAAAAUUUGUCUGCCUUUUUUACUGAUUUUGGAGUUUCCAGCGUACUCCCAAAGAACAGGUGCUUAUAAAGGCGAUGCAGUGAUUUUAGUUUCAUUCUUUUCCUCAGGUAUAUAUGUAUUUGCUUGUCUAGAAAUAUUCAGCAAUUUACUUGCUAUGUUUGAUAAUGAACUACUAUCCCUAUCUUUUCAGGGGUGCUUCAAACACACCCUGUGCGUCAGCAACAUCUACAGCAAGUUCAGACAUGGUCGUUGAAGGUGGAAGUAAAGAUGAAUUAAGUGAUAAUGAUGACAACCUUGUCAGCUUUGAUGAUUCUCCUAUAAUAUUCACAGAGUUAGUAUUGUAACAGUCAAAUUUUAUCGUAGUUUUAGUGCCUCUCUUAUACCAAGAAAUAAAUACAUGAACAUUAAAUGGUAUAGCUAACUUUUCCGGCAACUUGCCAAAAUAUUGAAAAAGUAUUCUGAAGAUUUAUCCUAGCCACUCAUACCCCAACAUCAGUAUGCAUAUUCUCCUUGCUGUUCUCCCUACAUUUCUUACAACGAUGAAAAGGAGACUUGUUUAAAAAUUAGUUGGUGAUCAUAUCCUUGAUUCUGCUGACCUUAAUGUGUAAUUCAUGGGUGAUAUUGUCAUAACGAAUUAGAUAUUAGUCACUCUCAGGGGUUAAAGAGUUAAAUCCCUACUGUGUCAACUCUAACCACGGAUUUGCUUUCAAUUUCUAAAUACCCUUGUUUAAGAAAAUGCACUGUAUGUGCAAGUACACCACUUAAUCCAUUCAUUGAAAAUGUUUAAUACAUAAGUUUCUUUUUUUUCAGUUCACCUAGUCCUGUGCCUGUUCCACUUGAGGUACCAUCCAUUCAGACCACAGAAAGAUUUGUCUCAGGGGUAAAUUUAUGACUGUGUAUAUAGGUGUGCUCUGAAUGGUUGGAAUUCGUUUAAUAAGUAUUACUUUUUUUAUGACAUUCAGCAUAAAUGCCAUUUUUUAUUAUUUUAAAGAGGAAUUUGCUCCAGAAAAAGCAUUUUGGUUUUUAUUUUGGCCAUCAAAAAUAAUUUUACAAUAAAACAAUUGACAGCUUACUACAGUUUGUGAUUUGAAGAGUAAUUCAAGCAUAUGUCUCUUUUAAUAAAUCAUUCCUCUGCCCAUAAUUUUUUACUCUUUGAGCUCUUUUUUGUGAGUUUAGUUUUUCCAGCAUGAUCCAGUCAUUGCAACUUACUCUUACCAAUACUUCUAUAGCAGUGACUAAAACAUGGUUAUUUAUAGUAGCUGUGAUUACAAUAUACACGGCAGCUAGUAUGUUUGUAGGGUUUCCAGUAAGGAUGCUCUGUAUUAACUGGAUAAUUCUUUAUCUCAGAUGAAAUUUAGGAAUAAUCCUUGUAUAUAAAAACAGAUUUAAUUUCAAUUUCAAUUUUCUUUUUAACUUUUUCAUGAAGAUUAUCGUGACAUCCAAGUUUGCUGUUUUAAUCUCACUUGCAGGGAUGUUCUCUUCAAAGCCUGAACAGAAUUCCUUCAUGUUCCCCUCCAUUACCGCCACUAGAUCCACAACCUGGCCACACAGUAUUAGUCAGAGUAAGUGGACUCAUUCUUGCCUUAAAUGAAUUGAAUAUGAAAUGUGGUUGCUUGAAGAUAUGGAAUUUCUCUUGAAGUGUGUAACUUGAUAUCACAAAAGAAAGAAAUUCUACAUGCAUAAGCAACCAUGUAUUAUAUAUUGUUUAUUGUAUAAACACCAUAGGCCUUAACUGACAAGAAAAGUCAACAUUGUCAAUGAUCGAAAAAAAGGGUCCACAAUCCACAAAUAAAAUUGUAAUGCAUGUGGGCAAUAUGGCUCAAGAUGAAAAAACAUUUUUGAAUUAGGUAUAGCACAAACAAACAAUGGGCAUAACUUUUAACUCAUAGAGUGCCUUAAUAUGAGAAAAUUUGUGGUGCAAAAGGCAAGUGACUUGUCAGCAACUUAUUAGUGAUAUCAAAACCCUCAAAAAAUUAGCAAAUUAAGUUACACAAAUUCAGUCACAGCCAUCCUCAGAGCUGGUAAGCCUUGUAAAACACUGCAAUUUACAUCAUGAUGAUAAAAAAGACUUUUGAUGCUGCAAGUGCAUGUGUGUGAGGGAGAUUUUUUAAUUUAUUUUCGAUCCUAACUUAUGUUUGUGUUCAUGUUUUUUUUUUUCAGCCUUCCCUUUCAAAUGAUUUUGCUGAACCUCCAAAACCCUCUCACAAAAACUACAGGUAAAUUUUUUUUAUUUGAUAUGAGAAAUCUGGUCUCCAUUCUCAAAUUAUUUUACAGUUAAGCUUUGUUAUCUUAAGUGAAGGGAUGAGAACAAAGAAAAAUACCAAUUUGGGGAUAUAUAAUUAGUUGAUCCAAUACUAAAUUCUCUGAUCUAACAUUACAAAAAUUGUAUGGUUGACAGUAAGGAGAAUUACAAAUUUGAUAUGGGAAUUAAAGGGUUAACUAAUAGUUCUAACUAUUUGUUUGCCUCAAAUUUUUAAGAUGACAGCUGGUCUAAAACUUUUUUUCUUCAUAGGAAUUGAAUUAAAGUUUUUUUUUUUGGAUUUUAAUUUUCUUUAUUCAGCCUGCUUAAUGUAUAUCCCUCUUUGAGACAAUCUGUAAUACUCCUGACUAGUUUCUGCACUUAUAACAUUUAAACCUUUUACUCACAUGGUUGACCAAGGCAGAAUUUCUCCUUACAAUAUCAAUACAAGAUCAAGCAAACAAGUGUUAAGAAUCAAGAAAAAUAUCAAUUAGGGGAUUAUUAGUUAAUCCAAUACUAAUUUUCUGACCUAACAUGAUAGGAAUUUUGCAGAAAGUAAGGAGAAUUACUAAUGAGAUCUGUGGGAGUGAAAGGGUUAAUAAUCAAGUUGUUUCUGUGAUUUCCUUCUAGAGACAAAUGGGAUAAGAACCAUGUACGGAUGCCUUGCUCAAGAGAAAACCUUUACCCAGGACAGGUGAUCAUUGUCUAAUUUCUUCUCACAGCAUUAGUUUAUAGCCAAGCAGACAAGUAAAAGAGAGUUAGGGUAGUGAUUAAUUAAGAUGCAAAUAUUGUCAAAGAAAACUAUCAGAGCAAAUAAUUCUUCUUUAUAACUGGGAAAUCAGUAGUGAUCAGUCAGUUUCUUUGAGCUUCAGUCUGCAAACUAGUAUUUUCAACUUUAAACUCCCAUAAAGGACCAAGACAGAAUUUUUCUUAACAAUAUCAACACAAUUUCAACACGAUGUCAAGCAGACAAGUGAUGAGAAUAAAAAAAAUACCAACAAGGAGAUUAAAAAUUGAUCCAAUACCACAUUCUCUGAUUUAACAUCAUAAGAACUGUAUGGCAAACAGGAAGGAGAAUUUCUAGUGAGAUCUUGGGAGUGAAACAGUUGAAAAACCUCAAUGUAAUUAGUAUUUGAGAUAUAGGUAGUUUGGGUAACCUGUGUUGGACUAACACUUUAUUCUUGCAAUUACUAAUGGCUUGUUCUGAACAGCAUUAUUCUAUGGUAUCCAAAGGAAGAGAAUGAAAAAAAGAAAAUUAUUAUUUGUCCUUGGCUAAGCAGUAGCCAUGAUACUAGAUAAAUGGUAAGAAUGAAGAAAUUUGUUAACCUGAGUGGAAGAGGGAUUCAACACCAAAUUUGCAAAACCUUCACUUGGGCAGAAGGAAUUGCUGAACAUUCAGGUUGCCAUUUGUAAGGAAAAUAAGAUGUUAGAUCAAAGGGGUGAAAGGUUUAAUGAUUCUCAGUUUAUAAAAGGAACCCAGAUUUAAACAUUACCUUCAACUUUUUUGUCUGUAUUUUCAGAAUUGUGAAAAGAAAAUUAUUCAAAAUAGAUGGGAACUGAUAGAAGCAACUUUGUUAGGAUCAAUCACAAACUCAGUUGAGCUACAGGUAAUCUCUUAGAAUAAAGUAAAUGUUCAAGAAAAGGAAAUUUUGCAUAAAUUUAGUGAUUUGUUCAGGGUCAGUAAAACAAGUUUAUCCAGAAAAGCCAAAAAAGUGUCAGAAAUUUUCCAGGUAUAUUGACCCAGCUCUGAGAUACAUAUAGGAAAUUUCUGACAUUUCUUUGGGUCUCUGAACACCUUUGUAAUGUAAAAAUGAUCCACCUUUAAAUCUUUGUAGUCAUUCUUUAAAAGAAACAUAAAGUAGUCUGCACCCUUCCUCUGCAUCUAUUCAGUUUGGAAAACUGUGAAACUCUAGAAUGAAAAUUUUAAAUCAGCAUUCUUAAUCCCCACAGUAUCAACAAAUGCUUACACAAUACCUCUCUUCUCUCUGACAAGAGGCUCAUGCUUGAAAAACAUCAGCUUUUAAUAAGAAACUUGUUAUGGUGGCUAAUUAAAAUUAUGGCCUUGGUUGAUUAAACAAAAUUAUCUUGCGAUACCUCACACACUGACCCAGCAUUGCAGUUCCAGUAGAAACUUUUAAGAGGCAGUUCGAUCUAUAAGUAGUUGAUAUUUUUUCUUGUAAUUACCUCUUCUUUUUUUUGCCUUAGGAUGCAAUUUUAAAGUACAAUGCUCAUUACUCCAAGAGGUGGAACUUUGAAGCUCUACACAGCUACUUUAAUGAGGUACGUGUCAAUAAAAACCAGACUAGACUGGGCCCUGGUUAUCACCUUGCGCUACAUGUAGCUUCAGUUGUCUGAAAGAGAGGAAAGAAGACAAAUAUUUCCACUCACUACAUUUUUGAUGGAAAACAGUAUUAAUCCUGUGGAGACUGUCAUUUAGCUUCCAUACAUAGAGCUGCAAGCCCAAAAUUUUUCGAAAGGUCACCUUAAAUAUUAAAAUAGUACCAAGAAAUCAAAAUUCAGUCAUCAGGAGGAAAAAAAAGAACUAGUUGGCUAUCAUUUUGCCACUUUCCAUGAAGUCUCAGGGCUCAACUGAGAAGAAAUCAUUAUUGCUGUAAAACUUUACACUUCAGAAUUUUUUGAUAGGUCACCUUAAAUAUCAAAAUGGUACCAAGAAAUCAAAACUCAGUCAUCAGAAGGAAAAAAAAGAAUUAGUUGGCUAUCAUUUUGCAAAUUUUCGUGAAGUUUCAGGGCUCAACUGAGAAGAAAUCAUUAUCUCAGUAUAACUUUACACCAUGAACAUAAAGUAAUCAAAUUAUCACAAUUUGUUCAAUGACAGACAUGUGCAGGUAGCUAAUUUGGUGUCUCAAAUUCAAAUUUAGUUGCCAAAAUGCUUUCCUACAUGCUGUGGCAACCAAAAUUAGUUGAAGCCUAGAGUGCUGAGAGAAACAACGCACCAAGACCAUGUUAAUCACAGUCUGAUGACAAAAUAGGUCUUUUUUUCUGUGUUUUCUCUGUUUCACUCUUGUGAAUGUUUGUUUCAGGUACUAGAUAUCAGCCAAAGACAUGAAUUUUUCAGCAAGACAUUACCAGGAAUGGUGUCUCUUACUCUUCAACUUCCCACUUUGUGCACUCAGGUAUGAAAUAUUUUUUUGGUGGAAAAUCUGAUGAAAUGUAGUCAAAGAUAGAUUUUUUUCACCAAUUAACAAUGUCACCCACAAAAUAUUUCAGUUUUCUGUGUCUCUGUUGGUUAGAAACAGACUCCACAACAGUUUUAGAACCCUAUACUGUUUCAAUCAAAACUUCCACUCUGAGAGUAACUGGGUCAUUCAGAUUUCUUUUAAGAGCUCUAGUUAUUAUCCAACAUCGUUUUCCUUUUAACAUUUUAUUUGCAGGCCAUUCCUCUUUUAAAACGGCAACAAAAUCACAGCAUAACAAUGAGCCAAGAGCAGGUCAGAAUAAUUUUUCAUGGAAGAAUUUUGAAGAUAUUUAUUACCGUGAUUGAUAUUUUUUCGGUUAGAGUAAAAGUACGUUUGUUGUUUCUUCUAACAAAUGACAUGCAAUUAACUGUAAUGUUGCAGGCUGCCUGUCUGUUGGCCAAUGCAUUCUUUUGUACAUUUCCAAGACGUAACUCUUACAAACACUCAGAAUAUUCAUCAUUUCCAGACGUAAAUUUUAAUAGGUAAGUUGUUCCUUUGUCAUUUUGAAAAGAAAGAAAAUGCCAUUUGACUUUUGGUGCAGAUUUAAGGAAACCAUUUUUUUUUUGAGGUGCAGUAAGCUUUUCACUGAAAUAGUUAGUGUAUUUAUUCCUUUGGAAAGAGGAAAGCUUGAAAAAAAAUUCAACUGUGAUAUAUGCUACUCUCAAGAUGGUUGGUUAAAAGUAGAGUUUUCAAGAAAUUUAAAGAGAAAGGAAGCGUCGUGCACCUUCUUCCCAACCCCUCCCCCCAUAAAAAUUUCCUUGCACUCAGCUCAUCACAAGCGAGACGAUCUAACCACCACUACCCAGCUGCAAUUGAAACCCCUUGAUAGAAAAAGAUAAAAAACAUUUGUGUGAUACAUCUCUUUGUCUGUCUUUAAAGAUUAUUUCAAGGCGGUAAAGGAGGAACAAAUUCAGUUAAAACAGAAAAACUUCAGGCCAUCUUUCAUUAUUUCAAGAGAGUUAUAAGGGAGAGUAAGUAAUUGUUACUACCACCUUUAUAAACAGUUAUCUUUUUUUUUCUUAUUUAUGUAUUCAGUAUUUAGGAAACACAACAGACUUAGGGUUGGCAAUUUUACACUUGAGUCCUUGUUUUGCUCUCACGGCAACCCACGGGGGUUAAAAUGCUAAACGGAAGACCUUGACGUCGAUACAUUGGCGUCCAGUCGCGUCAGAAUUAGUUUUAUUCUUCUUCCGGUUUGCCGUCCGUGUCUCUUAAACGUCUCUGCGUAAGUUCUGUAAUGUCUAGGGCUUGAAAUUACAAAUUGUGAUCAGUGAUUUAUUGGGGUCUUGGUUUUUUUUGGUUUGUUUUGUGCCAUUAUCUGUUUUUUUGUUGAUGUUUUUGUGCCCAGCAAAUACGUCGUUAGCCUAAAUAGUAAUGACAAGAAAUGUAUAAAGAUUACCAGUUGCCCGAAAUAACCAUAAGGAGCUGUAAAAACAAGGCAGUCAUUCUGCAUAUGGGUUCUUAAGCCAUACCUUAUAGAUGAAUUAGUAUUUUUUGUUAUCAGCUUAAAUUUCCCUUCAAGUGUUAGUAUUACUUUCUCUUCCACAGUGCCAAAGGGAACUGUUACUUUUCAAAGACAGGUUGUGGAAUCUUCUGACAUGCCUGACUGGGAAAGGUAAAGAUUUUCAAUGAGCCAAGCAUUCUACUAACCAACCUGCAGUGCAAGUGUCUUUUUGAGAAGAGUCAGCGUUAUGUGCUCGUGAUCGUUUAUCCUGCUGGCUAUCUUUGAUUUAGCGUUAAACUGGACGGUGGGGGAGGGGGCCGGAAAGACGAGAAUAUGGCUAUAUCCCCAACUCCUCUCCUUCCCUUUAACCGUCGCUCACCCUCCGCUGCUAAGCUUCAAAGAUGUGAGCUGUAAUUUUCACCGAGAAAAUACUAAGAAAUCACUCGUUAAUAUCUCCUUACCGGUGACCAUAGAUUUCUUUUUUGACUAGUUCUGAGAAUUUGGUUUUGUUUCCAAGGAAGUAAUAUCGUUUAUGAUCUAACACUGGUAAUCAACACUGUCUUUGUGCUAAAAAAAAAUGGAAAAGGAUUUUUCGAGCAAGACUUCGAACAAUGGAUAGUCAUGGCAGUUACAAAAUUUCUUGUGGAAAAGAAAUGUUAGAGCAACUCACACUAGUUUGUAAAGAUUACUCGUAAGCUGAAUUAAGUACGCAGUAAAACUUAUCAGUGUGUCUGAAAGGUAGCAAUUUGAUGCCUUUAUGAACAACUAGCAGAAAGUUUACAACUUUGCAAGAUUGUUGCUCAUUUUUGCACUGGAUGGCAAAAAUACCUUCUGUCUGCACAGUGCUUCCGAAUACUGUUGCUUGUGGUUUCAGAAACACGUAAACCUUCCUAAAAUAUCGUGCAGACGUUGCGUUGUACAUGUUCCAAAUUAACUGUGGUGGAUCUGAAAUUUGUUUACGCCAAGAUUUUCAAGGCGCCUUCAGUUUUUUAUUUUAUUUUUGGUCACUAGACAAAAUUAACGUGAGUUCAAAUCGUCAGAUUUUUUACCAUUGUAAAACUGUAUGCGUCCUGUUAUUAUUGACUAACUUCCAUAAAUAUUGGUUUCAGAUGUACUACGCUGUUUGGGAAACUUCAUGUCUCCACUGGUGGUACAAUUGAAGACAACGGAACAGGAUUUCUUCAGGUUAGUGCGAGUAAACCGCACCUAACUACAAACCACUGAUGACGUCCACUCAGUUUUUAUGUCCCGAACUGUGUUUAUAUGCACUUUCAUUAAAAUUAUCUACACCGGACACAACUUUAGAAACGGAAUGGUCACCAAGGUUCGUCCUAAGUAGCGAACCGUUACUUAACUACUUCAACUGACGAACUGUGUAGCAACAUUUGCCUUAAAAACCAAGUUUGUUUUGUUUCUUUAUCCACGUAUCUUGAGAAUGUCGUUACUUUGACGCUCUUUGAGAGAUUAGAAAAAAAACAAAGGUUUUACCCUUGAUCGUAAAAUACGUGCAGGUGUCUUUAAACAUCGCCAUUCCCGCUUCUCAUACGGCCACGCCUCUACAACGACCAUUCCCGUCUUGUUCAAGAUAACUGUUGAGGAAAGAUGCAACUGUUGACGUUCCUGCUCUCUAUUACCGUCUUUGACGAUCAACAACUAACUAGGUGUACCUCUUUUCAUUUUGUUUCAGGUUGAUUUUGCAAACAAGUACAUUGGUGGAGGUGUUAUAGGAGAGGUGAGUUUUUACUUGUUGACUUGAAUACUAAGCAACAUACAUGUAUCCUUCAAAAUUAGUCACUGUCGACCAUUUUUUUAUUUCUAAUUCAAAGUGAUCCGGUUUCAUUACAGGGUUGUGUCCAAGAAGAAAUACGGUUUCUUAUAUGUCCUGAACUGAUCCUUUCAAGGCUGUUCUGUGAGCGGCUUGAUAACAAUGAGUGUUUAAUGAUAACAGGUGAAUUAAAAAUUCUGCGCGAUAAUAUAGCGGACCUCUUAUAUACCUACCCGUCUCAUGAACUUGGUUCUGCUGUUCCAAUAAACAUUGUACUUUGGGUUGUGAAUCUGAUUACUUACGCAUCCUGUGGUUUGUUGUGGGGUAAAAGUGCGACAAUUUGAAUUUAUUGUCGUUAAGUCAGAACAAAAGAAAUCCCAAAGACCAGUGGGGGAGUAAGAAAGUACAACGAGGAGCCAGUGCCAACUCUAAUUUAAAACAAGCGUACUGCCAUAAACGCGGGAAAACAUGAGUGACCAAUUUUAUUUUGGUUUUCAGUUUGCGUUCAAUCGGAAAGGAGGGUGGGGCAAGUUAUCACUGUACAAAGUAAGGCAAAACCAACAAAACCCCGGAGUAUAGAGCAAUUUUCAAUCAGGUGUCAAUCAGUUGUUGUGGUUUUGCUUUAAUUCGCUCUGUGAUUGAUCUACAAAACUCGUGCCACUUUCAACCAAUCAGAUGCAAAACGUAAACCAAUCACACACUUGGUCACGCGCGUUUUCCCGCGCUUUCGGCAGGUUGAUUGUUUAAACUUUAAGCUGUCAUUGGCUCUUAAUGGUAUUUUCCAUUUCUCUGAUUGGCCGUUGUGGUUACUUUGGUUUUCAUUUUACGACCCUUAAUCGAAAAGCACUUUAUGUGACACUCAAUUCAAACUUGGUCUGGCGCCUUGCGCCUUGUGAGCAGUGAUUUAGAGAAUCAAAAAAUCUUCUGUUGUAGUAUACGUGUAUCCUUAACCUGACGCCAUUCUGACUUCAUUCAACAAAUGAGCCCUUUUUAUUUCAGGCGCGGAGCGUUACAGUGAUUACACAGGAUAUGCGCACACGUUUAGAUGGGCUGGUAACCAUAGCGAUAGAACAACAAGGUACCUGAGUGCCGUUGAAGAUCUCAAGACACAAGAAUCUGAAAUUUUUCAUAUUUCUUCCAUAGCUCGCUACUGUUGCUCGAGAAUCUCGGGCAAACGGUAGCUAGAGGUGCUCAAAAUUGUGAUGUGGGCCAAGAAAGGCUAUGUGUCAUCGUUGUCGCUUGAAAAUAAAUUGCAACGUAAAAGCUGAUGUAUCCCCCCUGGAAAAAAAAGAAAAGCGCAACACAAAAUACUGCCACUUGAACGCAACAUCCAGUCGUCAUCAACACCUUGUAAUAAUCAGUAACAAUAAAGAGACUAGAUCUAGAUCUUCCGGCAAAUAAGGGGGCCAGGCGUUUUGCGAGUCUAAUAUUUCACCCCUCACAACUUUGGAACAAAAAAAGACAGAUCAACUAGCACUCACACCCAUGUUUCGCAUUCUAGAGUUCAAACUGUACUUGAAUUUGUUUUCCUUUGACUUUUAAGUUAUUUUAUUUUGACCUAUUUUUCUCUAUCUCCUUUUUUUCCAGGGAUUCUUGGGGAAGACGGCACUCUAAGAUCGUGGCCAUAGAUGCACAAGUAUUUCGCUGUUAUACAGAUCAGUUUCAAGUUGGCCUGCUCAAAAGAGAACUUGACAAGGUACAAUUUCCCAGACAGGACUCGAACUAGGACCACUCGACCACCUUCCCUGCAAGUUUGCCUCCAUCGAGAGAAAAUUGUCUUUCCAGAGUCUUCAGGUCAUUAUUAACCUAUAAAUGAAUGCUUUUCUCUUGCAGGCAUACUGUGGGUUUUACUCCCCCGUAGAACCGAAAUAUCUUCCAGCAAUUGCCACAGGUGAGACCAAUACAACUAGACCAGCCGUGUUUGUUGGUUCAGAAAUAUCUCGAGGCUUUCGACCCGUAGAUUUACUCCAUAAAAGUUGUAACGGACCAUUUGAGACUCUUUUCGCAUGAAUGUCGCAAAAUGUCAACUUAAGUACCCACGACUACAAAUUAGAACAGAGGAAAAAACCAUUGGGAGCCAAUGAGAACUCGAAGUGAAAAAGCGCGGGAAACCGCCAUUGCCCAAGUCACUGAUUGGUUGAGAGGAUGGCGCGAGUUUUCUUGACCAAUGGCACAGAGCAUGUUAAAUACAAACCAUUAGUAUCACGUUCUACUUUCAAUACUCAAAAGGAAAUCAUUUUCAUAGCGCAGUCAGCUCAGUGGCUGAAAAACUUACGUUCUUUCUCUUUUGGUAGGAAACUGGGGCUGUGGCGCAUUUGGAGGCGAUCCAAGAGUGAAGGGUUUGUUCAGUUACUUAUUUUUUUAGAUUUAUUAACUCUUUCAAUCUUAGAUAUGACCAAUCAGUAAUUUCUCCUCACAACUUCACUGUUAUUGAGAAUAACAUUAUCAAGGUGCUACAGCAUUUCCUUUUGUUAUGUUUGUCAGGUUUAAUUCAAAUGAUGGCGUGUGCUGCUGGGUCCAGGGACAUUGUGUAUUUCACGUUUGGAGAUGCUGUAAGUUGUAACUCGAAGAAUGGCAACGAUAUGACAAAUUCAUUGUGAAAAUCACUGAAAAUGAUAGCAGACCAUAUAAUUUCACUUGUCAGUCGUGUGUUUAGUGAUCUGCUUGGACUCACUGAGAAAAAAUAACUUGUGAACUAAUCUCGAUUCACGUUUUAGGGUUAGUCUCUGUUUGACUCGAUUUUUGACCAACGUUUGGGUGUCACGACAAAGAUUUAAGGAAAUGUCAGUAUUGCUUAUCAGCAGUAAGGAGAUUUUAAAAGAGUUAUUGAGUACCAUGGAUUUAGUCUUAAAGUUACCUACGAAAGUGGGAGACAAAGCUGGAGAGGGAAAUGUUGAGUAGUAUAGACAAUUUGUGCCUGCACUUCUCGUAUUUGAUGCUCAGAAAGAUAGUUUGACGCUUCUCCAUUUCUUUCAGGAAUUAGCGGAAGAUCUUCUCAACAUCCAUUCAUUUAUCACAGAACGAAAACUAACAGUUGGUAAGUAGGAAUCAGUUUCAAGUUUGGGUUGCUUUGUAUAAUAUAAAAAAUUCCUUUCGCCUGGUAAGAAAUUGAAGUUUGUAUUGCAAGAAGUGUCAGUCUUAAACUGUUGUCGCUAAACCUAGUCGUAAACGUCGUAGAAAGCGAGUCCCAGAGUAAUGUCCAAUAGCGCGAUGGAACCUUCAUUUAGGGGACAAAUACGGAUCUAGAGAAAGUGUUACCUAAAUAGAGCACUCUUCACCUGCUCCUUACAGGGAAAAUAGCCUAGUGAUAUAAGUACUGUGUCGUUGCGUCACUGAAAUACCGCACGUAAUGAAUGCAUUUCCUUUUUAAAUUUUUUCUUCAUCAUUUUCGGUUUUUAAAUGUAUUAAUUUGUUCCCAGGUGGUGUUUGGAAGCUGAUGCAGCGAUACGGAAAAGAAAUUCGAGCGGCCAGCUCCGUGACAAUAAAACUGUAUCCAUUUAUCCGCCAGCUGCAGAAUAAUUACGAAGAUGAUACUGAUGAUGAACAACCUGCGAAUAAUGGAGAAAAUGCUGCCACCUUGAGUUACAAUCUUGAAGAUAAUUCUGAAUCUUGUAAAUCCAAGAGCCAAGAUAUCGUGUGAUGACAAGUCCACCGGACGGUUGCGUGACUCUUAUACAAUUAUGUGGUAAAGAACUGAAAAAGGGCAGCAACUGUUUUGUAAACUCAAGUAUUGCGUGACGACACGGCCUCAGCCGAUUGUUGCGUGACACUAAGCCGAUUAAGUGUCGCGAAAGUCGCGAAACUGACAAACAUGCGGCGAACCCAUCGUUCAUUACGAAGGCAACGCCAAAGGCAUAAGAAGUGUUAUGUUACAUUAUGGUCUCCUAAUAGUGCGUGACUCUUAGACAAAACGGUCAUCGCCGAUGGUAGAUUGUCCGUUGAUACAAAGUGGAAGCGAAGUCCAAAAGCAGAGAGUUGUAACAGUUGCGUAAUCAAGUGCCACGAAAAUGGAAUGGCUACUAAACGUACCGUGUUUAUUCGAUCAAGCGCCCAACCUCGAAUAAGCGCCUACCCGCAAGCUCCAAAAGUUUAAUAAGCACACAGGGCACUUGAUCGAAUAAAUGCGAGAGGGAGUUUUAGCGCAUCGUUUACAAUUACUCGUCUGAAUGUUAUUUAUCGGAUUUUGUCAGCAAAAUCUAGUUGUUAAAUAAAGGUAUAUAAUUUCUUAUCUGUUUAUUGUAAAAAUUAAAAGAAAAAGGACUUUAUAUCAAGCAUUUGAAAAGUUGUGCAGUGUUGAAGCACUUCUUUGAUAAACAGUUUAAUCGCACGGUCAACGAUCAAAUGGCAGAUAUUUUCAUGUUUGCUUCCAAUGAAUGUCGGGCAGAUAUAAUGAGAAUUACUAUAUCGACGUUAG